CCAGAUGAGCGGCUCUGGAGCCUGAGGUUCGCCCUGACUUUGCCCCGGGGAGACCCGCGGUGAGGCUGGUGCGCGGCAGGGGCGAUUCCGACCUUCUCCCCUGUGAGCUCGGCCACAGGAGGGGCGGCCCGCGGGAACCCGCGAGCCAGGGGAGGCCGCUCACCGCGGGUUCCCGCCCGGCGCUGCGGGACCCGGGCGGACGCCCUGGCGCGGGCGAUGUCCCGGUGCGGGCGCAGGACGUGCCUUCCGGGGAAGUGAGGCGCUCGCGUUCCCGAGUGGCGGGGCCGGGACUGGGACCCGCGACUUUGGCUUCUGUGCGGGUUCCUCAACUCAACCCCUUUCUCUGCCUUAGGAAAACCAGCAUUUUCCUUUUUUGAGAUCCGCCUUCUGGAGACUGCACCCAUGCUCAGGGGAAGAGCCCAGAAGGAGAACAUGGCUACUGAGCAAAGGAAAGCAAGGUCUCAGGUGUCACUGAUGUUUGAGGAUGUGGCUGUGCUCUUCAGUCGGGAUGAAUGGAGAAAGCUGGAUCCUUCUCAGAAAAACUUGUACCGGGAUGUGAUGCUGGAGAACUAUAGUAACCUGGUCUCUCUGGGACUCCUAUUUACCAAACCAAAAGUGAUCUCCCUGUUGCAGCAAGGAGAAGAUCCCUGGAAGGUAGAGAAAGAAAGUCCUCCUGGCUCCUCUCUAGGAUUUAAGAGUAGUUCCAAACCCACAAAAUCAACUCAAACUCAAGAGUCAUUUCAAGAGAUGAGGAAAAAUCUCAAAAGGGAUGAACCCUGGGACUUCAUAUUAGAAAAACCCUGCAUAUAUGAAGACAAAUUAAAUAAACAAGACAAAAAUGCAAGUUUACAAAUAAUUUCAAUCACGCAUACAAAAGUAUUCACUGUAGAUGGAAGCCAUAAAAAUAAUGAGUUUGGCCAAAACUGCAACCUGGAAUCAGUCUUCAUUAAGCAACAGAGGUUUUCUAGGGAAAAAACAUUGUCAAAAUAUGAAAUGCAAAGAAAUAGCUUCAAGCAGAAUUCAAAUAUACAUAACCAACCAAAGAUCAAGACAGCAGAGAAACGCUAUAAAUGUAAUACAUGUGAAAAAGCCUUCAUUCACAAUUCAUCCCUUCGUAAACAUCUGAAAAACCACACUGGAGAGAAAGUAUUUAAAUGUAAAGAAUGUUUAAAAGCCUUCACCCAAAGUUCUGCUCUUAUUCAACAUGAAAGAAUUCAUACAGGAGAGAAACCCUACCUAUGUAAGGAAUGUGGGAAAGCCUUCAGUCAUAGUGCAUCCCUUGGUAAGCACCUAAAAACCCAUACUGUGGAGAGAUGCUAUAGUUGUAAAGAAUGUGGUAAAUCUUUCAACCGAAGGUCAGGCCUAUUUUUACAUCAGAAAAUCCAUGCCAGAGACAAUCCGCAUAAAUAUAAUCCAGGUAGGAAGGCAUCCAGUUGUAAUACCUCCCUUUCUGGAUGUCAAAGAAUUCAUUCCAGAAAGAAGUCCUACUUAUGUAACGAAUGUGGCAACGCCUUUAAGUCUAGCUCAUCCCUUCGUUAUCAUCAGCGAAUUCACACUGGAGAGAAACCUUUCAAAUGCAGUGAAUGUGGAAGAGCCUUUAGUCAGAGUGCAUCUCUGAUUCAACAUGAAAGAAUUCACACUGGAGAAAAGCCCUAUAGAUGUAAUGAAUGUGGAAAAGGCUUCACUUCUAUUUCACGACUUAAUAGACACCGAAUAAUUCAUACUGGGGAGAAAUUGUAUAAUUGUAAUGAAUGUGGUAAAGCCUUAAGUUCCCACUCAACACUUAUAAUUCAUGAGAGAAUCCAUACCGGAGAGAAACCAUGUAAGUGUAAAGUGUGUGGGAAAGCCUUCAGACAGAGUUCAGCUCUCAUUCAACAUCAGAGAAUGCAUACUGGAGAAAGACCCUAUAAAUGUAAUGAGUGUGGGAAAACCUUCAGGUGUAACUCAUCCCUUAGUAAUCAUCAGAGAAUUCAUACUGGAGAGAAACCAUAUCGAUGUCUGGAAUGUGGAAUAUCUUUUGGACAAAGUGCAGCUCUUAUACAGCAUCAGAGGAUUCAUACAGGGGAAAAACCUUUUAAAUGAGAGAAUUUGCUGGUGGACUAAUGCUUGGCAGUUACUUGAGGAGGGAAAGAAGCAGUUCUUUUAAAAAGUGGUAAGUUUGAACAAGGACUGGAAAGAAAUGUAGGAGUUUAACAGCUAUAUGGAGGUAGAUGGAAAGGCAUUCCAAGUAGGGGAAAGCCUUGUGCAAUGAAUAGCAGGGAGUCGGAGAAUAUGAUGUGUUCACUGUACUAUUGUAAAUAGCACUUUUAAGCUUCAUAUUUGAUACUAGCAUAUGGAAAUACAAUUGAUUUUUGUAUAUUGACCAGCAACAUUGCUAAAUUUGAUGAUUUUCUAAUAGCUUGUUUGUAUUUUUUUAAUUUUCUGCAUACGUAAUUAUAUUAUCUAUAACAAAUUAUCAUUUUUUCUUUUCUGAUCAUGAUAAUUUUCAUUUAUUUUUCUUACAUUAAAGCAUUAUAUAGAACUGGCCAGUACAAUGGUGAGUAAAAUUAUAAUAUUCAGUAUUUCUCCAUUUAAUUUGAUGUUUUAAUUUGUUGGGGGGUAUCAGUUAUCAGAAUAAGGAUAUUUCCUUGUAUUUCUAGUGCACUGUGAGUUUUUAUCAUAAAAGGGAGUAGUAUUUUGUCAUAUCUAUUUUCUGCAUUGAUUGAAAUGAUCAUAUUGUUUUCCUCUUCAUUCUUUUAAUAGAGAAUUACAUUGUGUGAAUUUUGGUGUUAACCAAUGUUGCAUUUCUGAAAUAAAUUCCACGUGAUCA